AUGGCCUUCAGUUGCUGUUUGGACCAUGACUGCUGCUACAUGAAGCUGUCUGGGAAGUGCUAUCCCACAAUUGACUAUUAUGAAUUCACCAGUCACAAUGGAGAUAUAACAUGUGCCCAGGUGGUGCAGAACAGCACCAAGCCAACAUGCGCCGGCCACGUUUCAACCCCUUUCUUUUUGGCAGUAGAUCCGGGAAGUUGGUGUUGGAUCUGUGAGUGCAACAGGGCUGCUGCCCUCUGCUUUCAACGCAACCUGAACUCCUACGACGAGGCAGUCAAUUCUAGCGAUUGCGACUGGGAAGAACCGCCACGUUGA